UUGCCAGAACAGCCGUGCGAGCUGACGGGAGGGGCGGGACAGAGGGCUACCUAACAAUCGGAAAGUAGCAGCCUGAGGUACUACCAGACUUCUUUGCUUUGGAGGUGUAGAUCGGCCAAACUCGACUACAAGCUUUCAGUUGAAUGGGUCAACCUCGCUGUGCAUCAUUUAAAUGCUCUUUUUAGCGCGACAUCCAUAGCAAAUCAUAUUUUCCAGCUUAAAUUUAAUGCUUCAGACUGGCAAGUAAACAAGGACAAACUGAAUGUGUAACUGUUUAGGGGAGACUCAAGGAAAGAUAAAACAGCGGGACAUGAUGACUGAGAAAGAAUCGGCAACAGACAAGAUAAUAGCAGAUGCAAUGGCAACUCCCUCUCCAGCAAAGAGCAUGGGUGACCCUGGCAUCACCCCACUGUCACCCUCCCACAUUCAGCAAAAUGACACGGACUCGAAUGCCCACACGGGACCUUCGUUCAUCGUGGUGGUUGCUAUCGACUUUGGCACCACUUCCAGCGGCUAUGCAUACGCCUUCACUAAGGAGCCAGAAUGCAUUCACACCAUGAGACGCUGGGAGGGCGGCGACCCCGGAGUGUCCAAUCAGAAGACGCCUACCACCAUCCUCCUGACCCCGGACAGGAAGUUCCAUAGUUUUGGCUAUGCAGCACGUGACUUCUACCACGACCUGGACCCUACCGAGUCCAAGCACUGGCUCUACCUGGAGAAGUUCAAAAUGAAACUCCAUACAACAGCGAAUCUCUCCAUCGACACAGAACUCCAUGCAGCCAAUGGGAAGAGAGUAAAAGCUAUUGAUAUCUUUGCAUAUGCUCUGGCGUUCUUCAAGGAGCAAGCACUAAAGGAGUUGAGUGACCAGGCGGGUGCAGAGUUUGACAAUGCAGACAUCAGAUGGGUCAUCACAGUGCCAGCCAUCUGGAAAAUGCCAGCUAAGCAGUUCAUGAGGGAGGCAGCCUACAAGGCUGGUCUGGUUCCCCGUGACAACCCAGAGCAGCUGAUCAUUGCCCUUGAGCCCGAGGCAGCCUCCAUCUACUGCCGCAAGCUCCGCCUCCACCAGAUGAUUGACAUUGGCACCAAGACCAACCAGAACGGUUUCAGCCCCACUGAGAAUGUAGGGGCAGGGAUGACCCAGGCCAAGGAGCAUGUCCGGAGCAAACGGCAGAGCCGCACCUUUUUGGUGGAAAAUGUCAUAGGGGAGCUUUGGUCGGAGCUGGAAGAAGGUGACCGCUAUGUAGUGGUUGACUGUGGUGGCGGAACGGUUGACCUCACGGUCCAUCAGAUUCGGCUCCCUGAGGGACAUCUCAAGGAGCUCUAUAAGGCCUCAGGCGGUCCUUAUGGCUCCAUUGGUAUUGACUAUGAGUUUGAGAAACUCCUGUGUAAGAUCUUCGGGCCCGACUUCAUCGACCAGUUUAAGGUCAAGCGGCCGGCUGCCUGGGUGGAUCUGAUGAUCGCGUUUGAGUCCCGGAAACGGGCAGCGGCCCCGGACAGGACCAACCCCCUGAAUAUCAACCUGCCCUUCUCCUUCAUCGACUACUACAAGAAGUUCAGAGGUCACAGUGUGGAGCACGCCCUGCGCAAGAGCAAUGUGGACUUUGUGAAGUGGUCCUCCCAGGGCAUGCUGAGAAUGAACCCUGAUGCCAUGAACGCCCUCUUCAAGCCCACCAUAGAUCACAUCAUUCAGCACCUCACUGAUCUCUUUGAGAAGCCGGAGGUGUCUGAUAUCAAGUUCCUGUUCCUAGUGGGCGGCUUCGCUGAGUCGCCCCUGCUGCAGCAGGCGGUGCAGAACAUGCUGCAAGGACGCAGCCGCAUCAUCAUCCCCCACGAUGUGGGCCUCACCAUCCUCAAGGGGGCCGUUCUCUUCGGCCUGGACCCCAGCAUCAUCAAGGUGCGCCGCUCGCCCCUCACCUACGGCGUGGGCGUCCUCAACCGCUACGUGGAGGGCAAGCACCCGCCCGACAAGAUGCUGGUGAAGGACGGCACGCGCUGGUGCACCGACGUCUUUGACACCUUCAUCACCUGCGAUCAGUCCGUGGCCCUGGGAGAGACGGUGAAGCGUAGCUAUACGCCCGCCAAGCCCAGCCAGCAGGUCAUCGUUAUCCACAUCUACUGCUCGGAGAAGGAAGGCGUGGGCUUCAUCAGCGAGCUGGGCGUGAGGAAGUGCGGCACGCUGCGGCUGGAUGUGACCGGUACGGAGAGCACCGUCGUGCGCCGUGAGAUCCAGACGCUCAUGCAGUUUGGGGACACGGAGAUCCGGGCCAUGGCGGUGGAUGUAGCCACUUCGCGUACCGUCAAGGCUAGCAUCGACUUCCUCAGUCAGUAAAUAGGGAGAAAUGGAGCAAUAAGGUCAUAGGAAGUGAAACCUCCAGCAGCACACACACAAUGAGCCAGGGGACAGUGGCUAGAAUGUAGCAGUAUAUUGAUCUUUGGGCCUGUUUAGAUUAGCAUGAGUGCUAGUUUGUUUCUGCUUUAGCUGACUCCCUGGUCAGAAACAAACUAGCACUCAGGUUUUAUCCCUGUGUACCAUCUGUGUAUCUAGUCUUAAGUGCAGGCUAUAUUGAUGUGCUCUGCUCUAGAGAUGUUUAGAUUGGAGUAUGUACAGAGAUGCAACACAGCUUUGUACUAUAGGCAUAUAUUGCUAUUGAUACGUGCAGCCUUGUUUCAGGUCCAUUGUGUGUUAUCUGUGGUCGUGUGCUGUAGCUGUGUUAGGUCAUGGUAGGUUGAUACUGUAGUACUCCUGUCUUGCAGCUCUUACAGCUACAACACUAUGCUAUGACACAAUGCUCCACAAACCUAUGUCCUCUCCAACCCUCGCUCAUGGGACCAAAUUUUCAUAACUGCUAUGACCAUUAGGCAUUUAAACCGAACUCCUGGGGUUUCCUUGAACAACAGUUAGAAACUAUCAUUCAGAUGCUUAUCCUACUCAUCAGACCAGAGUUUUAUUGAGUCAGGGUUGGAGAGCACCUGAGAUGAGGGAAGGCAGUGGUUCUCCAACAAAAACACUUCACUUGAUCAGUUAAACUUCACAGGAUAGCUUUCAAAUCUGUAUUUAUCUCUACCGUCUCCUGUGGUUAGGCAUGUGAUGCCAUAGAAAGGAGUUAUAUUACCUUAUGAAAACAAACUUGGUGCAUUAGCUUUUAAAAUACAUUUGAAGUCAUGGAAACUCAGUUCAUUUUUGGUCAAAUGUAAGCAGAUGGUCUCCUAUCCUGUCAACAAUAUCUGUUUAAGGCAAAGGUUGGCUUCUAAAUGUGGCUUAUUCUGCACUGCAAACAAAUCUAUGUGUUAGAAAUACAGAGAGACUAACAACUAGCUGUUUAGACGUCAGGCUUGAUUGUCAAGACGUUCUAUCAUUUCUUACAAACAAUGUAAAAAUCCACCUCACUGUUUUAACAUGUUGCGCUGAUCCACAACAAAAUAUAAAUCCGAGAAUGUGAAAAGUGGCAGAGUUGACAAUGCUGCUAGCUGAACCGGCAAACUGAUUUGAAUAUAGCCAUUGCGAUGUGCUUUGCGGUUGCCUUCAUUUGUUUUGCUUAUGAGACGACAGAGGACAAAAAGACCCUGAAUUUCCUUCUUGAAUAUCUGAAAUUCAGGAGAUUGUGUCGGGCCGUUGAAAAGGAAAGAUGAAAUUGAAAAUAUGUUUAUUUCUGUAAAUACAGUAUUUAAAUAUUGUACAGAUUUUUAGCGUUAUGAUUUUAGCAGCUUUACAACCGAGAGUAGGUAUGCUUUCGCACAGACACCUUUCCCCAUAAUUCUCACCAGCCAUAGCAUGUGAAUCGAGGCAGAAUUUGAAUGCCACGUUCAUCAACAAUGAGUGAAAGUGAGCAUUGAAAGAGACCUUGAAUACCUUUCCUUAAAACAUGAGUGGUUCUUGUUAUGGAACAUGGAGUUUCUUUGGUUUGGGCAAAUAUUUGUGUUUGCUUUGUAACUAUUCAAUUUGUAUUUAGUUAAAUGUUUACAAUAAAAUGACUGUCCCAAUUCGGCUUUUGAAAAACCUGUAUUCAAAAUACAAGGUAUUGUUCCUUACCACAUUUUAACUCAACCAUUUACAUUUUUUGUGCCGUGCUUCCAUUUUAAAUUUGUUUCAAGGAUGCUGCUGUUGAAAGUAUUAUCCCCUAAAUCAAGUAUUGAUGGAAGGAAACAACACAAUAAAAAACAACUUCAUACUUAAACAUAUAGAUACAAUAAAUAGCUUUACACUGGAGAAGAAAACAAGUUUAUGGCCCAACAUACAAUCAUUUACCCAUAUGAAUGCCUAACAUAAGAUGUGAUGUCAAAACUAUUCAGCAUAUAGACACAAUUCAUGUCCCUAGUCUUGAUUCAAGACAGAGGUAGUAUAUUACUCACUAGUAACUGGGUUUGGAUUUGAAUUGAUUUUGUUUCCUACAAUAGCUGUUGUUUGCAGAUGCACUCAAUUUGAGUGGUUGGUAACACGGUAUAACGCAGACGAUGCAUGAUAACCUUAAAAGAAUGUUUAUGGUCUUCCAGCAGUGUUCCUCUCUGAGAACCCUACACUGAGGAUUUAAAACUAAUGUAAGGUGGAUUCUCACAGAAAAACUCUGUGAAUUUAAGUUGGUCUCCCUUGACUUGUUGACGUGGGAAAAGUGCACAAGCUUUGAUCCCUGAUGCUGCCUUUGGCACUCUCCUGCAAUGCACGUUUUGCAUGAUUAAAUCUUUACGAAUGAGGAGAAAACGAUAUGUAACCACACUUAUUUAUUUUUUUGGUUUGAGGGUUAGGUAUGGUGAUAAUGUUACACCAACACGUGUGGAGAAAAGUGUGGCCUUUUCAACUCUAGAUGUAAUGACAAAUGAAGAAUUAACUGCGAAGGAAAUGUUUUGACAUGUUCAUGGCAUGUCCCAAGUCAAUCAUCUCGCACACUGUUAUCACAGCAGAUCUGCUCAAUCUCCAUCCUAACAACUAGUAACAGGUUAAUCUAUCAACCCUUUCCUCAUCCUCACGGAGGUCGAUGGAUGACUAUUGAGUUGAAGGAAAGAAAAACACAGCAUUUCUUUCUUUAAUGUAUUGCUACUUUGAUAAAUACCAUGUAUUUUGUGCCGCCUUCAGUAUUAUGUAAUGCACAAUAUACUGUAUGUAGCGGGUUUAUAUUCAAAGCUAUAAGUCCGAAUUGUAUGAAGACAUGUUUAGCUGAAGUUCGCAUCGUAUUGAGUUUAUAACGCAGCAGAAUAUGACAAUUGGCACCUUAAAGAGAGUAAAUAUUUCAAAUUCUAUGAAGUGUCAUUUAUUAACCUGUAAUUGAAUGGGUGGGUGGAGACAGUUAAGGAGCAUCAGUUUAGCUAGCUUCUGCAUACUACGACAGAAAGUGCUUAACUCUUUAUCUAGAACUUACAAUAUUACAGGACAUGAAAGUUCACUGCUACUUGAUUCUAUGCUUGCUGUAGAACAAAUUACUUCACUAUUCAACCAAAAUUGCCACUCUUAAAUGUUUCACAAAUCAUACCUUUUUCAGUUUAUCCUUGGGUUUACGCACAUGUGAUUUUUCUACAGUUGAGUUACAAGUUUCCUGCUCUUACUAUUUUCACUCAAAUGAGUUGUAUUUCAAUGCCAAGUAUUCACAGCCAAACUGUCAUCCAAUAAAAUGUGUAUUUCAAAGAA